AAUGAGUGUCGAGAGUCUUACUCUAAGCAGAGCUGCUUGCUGCUGGCCAAGAUCCAGGAAGUCAACCUGUGCUUGAAAAAUUUACUCACUUCUUCUGGAAAGACUGAAGUGCCACUCAAAAAUUGGGGGGUUCCCUGUUCCUCUCCAGAAAAUCCAUUUCACCAGCAAGCCAUUGUUGUGCUAAAGGAGCAGAACCAUCUGUUGACCAAGGUAAACUUCCAAGUGUCAGGAUUCCAAGUAACACCCACUCACCCCCCAACGAAAGAAGACUCCGAGGCUUGAGUUCC